ACAAGCUCACCGUGAAAUUGCUUUGGUUUUAGUUUUUUCGUUUUUGUUUUUGACAUUGUUUGUUUGUGUGGGCUUGUAAAAUGGCAUCAACAUCAAAUGGUACAGGAAAUCUGGUCGAUGAAUUCGAAGAGUCGUUUCAGGAAUGUGUUCAUGCGCUCACCAAACAAGAGGCGUCGACUGGUGUAGAAAAGGAUGAAAUCGGCAUGGAAGUCGAUCUGACCACAAUGAAAUUCAUUGAUUUGGCACGCCAAAUGGAGGCGUUUUUCAUACAGAAACGAUUUUUGCUGUCCGUGCUCAAGCCACAAUUGGUGCUGAAGGAAGAAAAUGUAGAUCUGCGAUGGGAAAUCAAUCGCAAAGAUGAAAUGAUCAAAAAACACUAUGAAAGUAUUGAACGAUGGAAGAAUAUGCUGUCUGACACGCAGCCACAACAUAUGCCACAUCCGUCACCGCAACAACCACCGAUACCACCACAGAUGGGCCCAAUUCCACAAGGUGGAAUGCCACCACAUGCAGGAAUAAUGGCAGCCGGUCCAAUGAAUAUGCCACAUCCUGGUCAUCCUGGACCAGGUGGACCUCUACCUGGACCAGCUAUGCCAAUUUCAGGAAUGCCAAUGCAGCCACAACAACAGCAUAUGAUGCAAGCCCAACAGAUGCACAUGCAACAAAUGCAGGUUGGUGGCGCACCACAAAUGUUUAUGCAACAAGGCGGCGUCCCGAUGCGUGGAAAUGUUGGUGGUGGUGGCAUGCCAAUGCCAAGCAACUUUGGACAAGUGCCAAACGUUCUGCCGGGAAACAAUCCUUUAGCUUUUCUGGAAAAAACGACCAGCAAUAUAGGGUGACGCGGACGUAACAGAGGUCGUCGAAGUGUUCGUGCACGUGGAAUUCAGGGUCGUGGUCGCAUAAAUGAUUUCCAAUGAAUCCGUUUGUCUUAAGAAUGGUCAACAAAUUAUGCUGAAUGGUUAUUUAUAAAAUUUCAUCUAAAAAAAAAUGGUUCGAACUGAAUCGAGAAAAUCGUUUUCAUAUCAAAAUUCAAACGAUAAAGCUUCAAAAAGAAACUACAUCAAAAGAACGAGAGUAAUUUCUAUUGGGUUUGUAUGAAGUUCUACCGCCAAUUUAGACAAAUCACUCAUAUUUGGUCGAUUCUUUUUCCUUCAUACAUCACAAACAUACACAUUUUCUUUAAAUUCCAUUCUAAAGCUGUUUUUUAUGAUUUCUGAGCUAUGACGUUGCCGAAAUCGAAGAAAAACGUGUAAAUAAAUUAUGUUUUUUUUUUCUAUAAAACGAAAGCGAAACUAAAAAAAAAAAUUCCUUUUUGAUCAUUUGAAUUGUCUGUAUAUUAUAUGGAAAUGAAAUAUGCAUUUAAAUAAGCGAAAAAAGAACUUACGGAUCUGUUUUACUGAAUGUAAUCUUAAUAAAACAAAAAAAAACAUGGUUAAAAUAAGAAGAAUGAAUUCCUCUAA